AUGGCAGGCUCAAGGACCUUUCGGUCCAGGAGACAGCUUGCUGCUGCUAUCUUUGCACUCGCUGGCUGCGUGGCCGGGCAGCAGACUGCACCAGAAUCACUGGCUCAGCCUGCUCGUGGGACAGUGCCAGAGACAUGUCCAGCGAAAAGUAUCUGGGUGAUAGAAGCGGAAAUAUUCCAGUAUCCUGUAUGUCUGGAUAUUAGGCUACAUCCGAGCGCAGGCUUUCGGCCUGUAGGCGCCCCAGCUGGCCCUGGCGGGUGGAGUAGCUCGUUUGGAGGAGAUUCGGCGGCCUCUUCGGUGGCGGCCGUGGACGCGGCGACAAAGAAAGCCUCGGAGGAAGAGCAGGAGCAGGAUACGGACUCACUGCUGGAUAGCGAGAGUUUUCUCUCUUUCGAGGAUUGGAAGAAGCAGAAUUUGGCUAAGGUUGGCCAAUCUGCGGAGAAUGUCGGAGGCAGCAGACGCGCGGCUGCAGCUGGGAAGGAGGGCCGGCAGCAGCCUGGGAUCCAGAAUGCAUUGGAUUCGCUGGGUGAUGACGCGGAAAUUGAACUGGAUUUCGGGGGGUUUGGUGGAGAGACUCCUGAGGCUAGUCCUGCGGCCUGGGCAUCGCCGAUCUCCGCGCAGUAUUCGGGUAGCUUGGAUGAAGAUGUGAAUGCGGGCGGUGAUGUCCAGGUUGGCCGCGCGCAGUCUGAUGUUUCGCGGCGCAAGGAUGCGGGAACUACGUGCAAAGAACGAUUUAAUUACGCAUCCUUUGAUUGCGCGGCUACUGUCCUCAAGACAAAUCCUGAGUGUACCGGCUCGUCUGCCGUCUUGGUGGAGCAUAAGGAUAGCUAUAUGCUGAACGAGUGUCGAGCAGACAACAAGUUCUUGAUUCUAGAGCUCUGUGAUGACAUACUUGUUGACACCGUGGUUCUGGCGAAUUAUGAGUUCUUCAGCUCCAUCUUCCAUACAUUUCGGGUCAGUGUCUCGGAUAGGUACCCAGCGAAACCGGACCAGUGGAAAGAGCUGGGCGUCUACCAGGCUCGAAAUACCCGCGAGGUUCAAGCAUUUGCUGUGGAAAACUCCCUUAUCUGGGCGCGUUAUCUUCGCAUCGAGUUCCUGACACAUUACGGCACUGAAUUCUACUGCCCGCUCAGUCUCAUUCGUGUUCACGGUACAACAAUGUUGGAGGAAUACAAGCACGACGAAAGCGCUAGCCAGGCCGACAGUGAAAUCGAAGAGCCCGUUGCGGCCCCGGAGGUCCCUCAAAUUUCCGAGUCGGUAGGCGAGCCAGCGGAGACUUUGGCUGAAGAAAGCACCGACCUGGGGGCUCCUGCUGUAUGUGCGAAGCCACUCAGCCAAAUUGAAGUCUUUUUCCACAAAACAGAGUCCGAGUUCCUUGAUAUAUGUGAUCCUCAAGACCAACCGGCAAUAGAAACUAAAACAGAACACCCAGAGGCUGUGGCUCAAUCAAAUCCCGAGAUCCAAGCCAACGCAACCAGUAUAACUGGUGACCAGAUCCCAGCAACACAACCAGGCUCGAUUUCACAAUCCAAACUUACGGAUGAAGUCCGCAGACAAGGGGAUUCUUCUAAGCCGCUAGUCGCAGCACCUGAUACAUCAGAAGCGGCAACAGAGCCAAAUCAUCAAAACUCUUCUGUCGAAAGCACAGGAAAGUCAACCACCAAACCGAAAGAAGAGCAGCCAAGUGCGCCCCCAGAGACGAUCAGAGCUACAUCUACCCAGCCGCCAUCUUCGAACCCUACUACACAGGAGUCGUUCUUCAAAUCAGUGCAUAAGCGACUGCAAAUGCUGGAGUCGAACUCCACGCUUUCCCUUCUCUAUAUCGAGGAACAAUCUCGAAUCCUGCGAGAUGCGUUCAACAAGGUUGAGAAGCGCCAGCUGGCCAAGACCUCGACAUUCCUGGAGAAUCUCAAUGUGACUGUUCUCAAUGAGCUGAAAGAGUUCCGAGAGCAGUAUGAUCACGUCUGGAAGUCAGUCGCCUUUGAAUUCGAACAUCGGAUGCGAUAUCACGAAGAAGUCCAGUCGCUCAGUGCUCAGCUAGGUAUUCUGGCCGAUGAGAUUGUCUUCCAAAAACGGGUGACUGUCAUCCAAAGUAUCAUGGUCUUGUGUUGUUUUGCGUUCGUGCUCUUCUCAAGGGGUUCUGUCAGCAAUUACAUGGAGUUCCCGCGUGUCCAGAGAAUGGUUGCCCGCUCUUAUAGUCUACGCCCUGGAUCACCUAUCUACAGUCCUACUUCUCCGUCUGGGAGCCCUGGGUCCACGCGACCUACAUCUUCUCGUCGCGAGGAUAUGGGGCACAGGCGAAACCUGUCGGAUAGUUCGUCGCCAGAUGAAGCAGCCAGUCCUGGACCAGCAUAUGUCCCACCAACACCUACCUCUGAAGUCUCUAGAGAGUUAGGCGACCUGAAGGUCGACGUACCACGGUCGCCCGAUUCAAUUUCUGAACCUACCCCCGGCACGCCACACCUGCGCUCGCACAGCACACCUCCUGUUCUGACCGGUCACAUAUCUGACUUGGAUAGACAGGAGGAGGCUGAGACAUAUUCGCCCGACUCGGACGUUUCAAUAUCAAUCCGGUCAGAUGAGUCAACGCGUCUUUCAUGA